AAAAUAUGCCAAAAAGCUGAAUCAGAAUAAAUUCUACACGAAUAUACAUAAGUUAGUCUUUGCAUCAUAUAAUUAAUAGGUCACAUCGUGUUGCAAUUGGCUGCAUAAAUAUUGAAGCCAAACAGAAAACUCGCGCAUCUACAUACCUCUCUUAGGGAGUACCGACCUGACACCUCCAAGGUGACAUCUCCCCAAACUUGAGCUGCACACAUAACACCACGCACCAUGGAAUUUGAUACAAAAACUCCACCGUACUACACAUCCGACCAAUCCACAUUUGCCUAUGUCUCUGCGCGAGACAGGUGGCCCGUCAUUCUUACUGGCGCAAUUGACGACGUGCACCGCGCAACGCUCGCCAGCAAAGAUGCGGAACACACCAAGGAGGGCAAGGCCAUCAUCGAGGGACUGGCCAAGCUGAAAUACGAGAUCCAACAUGACCGCCAAUUGACCCCCCUCCCUGAAGACGGUCAGCCCGACAUUGCCGACUACAAUAAGGAGCUCGAGCAGCUCGGAGAGGCAAAGUGGUUCAACGUGCCCUGGCUAUUCUCCGAAUGCUACCUCUACCGACGACUCAGCACGUUCUUCACGCUCAGCAAGCACUGGAAAACCCACGAUGUCUUUGCGCGCCAGAAGAUCUCCACUUUCAAGUCCUCGCGCCCAGCAGUGCUUGAGCUCGCAGCGCAAUAUAAAGAACUCGACACCCAAUUGCGCCAGGGCGGUGGCAAGCUAGGCAACAAGUCCGCCGAAGAAACGGAGGAGGCAGAAAAGCUCAUGUUCACCGAAAUGUGCGACAUUUGCCUCUGGGGAAACGCGACCGACCUUUCGCUGCUCACGUCACUUACCUACGAAGACAUUCAAAAACUGCAGGGCUCCGAAGCCCGCAAGAGCUCGCAAAAGAAUAUCAUCUCCAACGAUUUGCCCGCCGCGUACGAAGUGCUAAGCAAAGCCCGCAAGGCCAAUCCCAACGGCGAGCGCCGCGUCGAUUUCAUACUAGACAAUGCUGGAUUCGAGCUCUACGUCGACCUGAUUCUCGCGGGGUACCUCUUGUCCGCUAACCUCGCCACAUCGAUUGUCAUGCACCCCAAGAACUACCCGUGGUUCGUAUCGGACGUGAUUCCCGCAGAUUUCGGCGGACUCCUCAACGCCCUUGCCAAUGCGCAGUCGUUUUACUCCUCGUUGUCCGAGGACGAGGAGCACCAGGGCAAGAAACAACCCCAGCCCUUGUCCGAAAAGGAGGAAAGCAAUCUCUCCUUUCUGUUCCAGAAGCUGAGCGAGUUCCACGCGGAGGGCAAGCUUUCUAUUCGACCCAACCGCUUCUGGACCGAAGGCGGCAGUUUCUGGCGCCUGCCUGGCACCGCGCCGGAGCUGUUCAAGGAUCUACAAGGCAGUGAACUGGUCAUUGCAAAGGGCGAUUUGAAUUAUCGUAAAUUAACUGGUGACGCACAAUGGCCCACAACAACCCCCUUCACCGAAGCCAUUGGCCCGCUCGGCCCCGGCUCCGGAAUGCGCACCCUCGCUCUGCGCACAUGCAAGGCCGACGUCGUCGUCGGGCUCCCACCCGGCGAAGACGACCGGCUGCGCGCCCUCGAAGGCGGCGGCGGGAACGAAGCCCGCAAGUGGGCCUGGAGCGGGAAAUGGGCUGUCGUGCAAUUCUGCGACGGCAAGGCAUCUGCAUAGACGUUUUGGCUUUGUUUUAUGUCUUCCGUCUUUGCUUUUGUCUGGAUUUCGAACGUCUCCGAUGACUUUUGUUUUUCCCCCUUUUAGAUUAAUGACGUUGUAAAUACUGCCCCAAUUUCUUACCGUUUUUUACUUUUAUUCCCACAUUCCCCUUCUCCUUCCACCUUUUUGAAUGAAUCUUUUUUCAUCAAUAGAGCUAGGUAGUUGUAUAGUACACCUCUCACGCAGCUAAAUAGAAAUUGGUGAUAUCGGGUUU